AUGGUAAAAAAUUUUAAAAAUAGAUGGGAAGUGCAAGGAGCAGCCAUAGCAGUUUACCACAAGGAUGAACUGGUCGUGGAUUUACAAGGAGGGUAUGCUGAUGCUAGUUCACUGCGAAAGUGGGCAGAUAAUACACGGACAAUAGUAUUUUCUACAUCAAAGGCGAUUGGUGCUUUAUGUAUUGCUUUACUUGUGGACAAAGGACUAGUAAAAUAUUCGGAUUUGGUCAGCAAAUAUUGGCCUGAAUUUGCGCAAAAUGGCAAGGAAAGUAUUACCAUCGACUGGAUAAUGAGCCAUCGUGCUGCUCUUGCUGCAUUCGACGAAAAAAUUACACAAGAGGAUGCUUGCAAUUACGAACGAAUGGCUGAUAUUAUUGCGAAACAACAACCCAAUUGGACGCCAGGAAAAAAAUGUGGUUAUCAUGCGUUGACUUUCGGUUGGCUCGUUGAUCAAUUAAUACGGCGAAUUGAUCCGAAACAUCGAAGUGUUGCGCGAUUUUUUAGAGAAGAAAUCGCUAUUCCAUUCGAUGCUUCAGAUAUCGAUUUUUUCAUUGGCCUGCCACCAGAAGAAGAACACACAGUUUCAAGAAUAUCGGUAGCACCAUGCUGGUAUACGAUUCGAGAAAUGAUUUAUGAUCCAAGGAUUUUAAUCUUAUUUACAGUUUUGUUUUUAGGAUUGCCAGGUUCGCUAAUGCGGAAAAUGUGGAAUAAUUGCAAAUGGUUCAAAAUUUCUAAGAAAACUAACACAGUUAAUGAUCCCGAAUUGCACAGAAUGGAACAAAUCGCUAUCUUAGGUAUCACUAAAGCAAAAGAUCUUGCCAAAAUGUUUAUGCUUUUCGCACAAGGAAAACUAAUUUCGAAAAAACUGCUUCAAUCAUUCGAGAAACCACAGAUUUUUGGCACUCCGGACAAAGUUGUUUGGCUACCAUUGGCUAUAGGGCAUGGAUUUUCAUAUGAAAAACAUCCAUAUGAGAAGGGAAGAUGGCUCUUUGGACAUCCUGGUUAUGGUGGCAGUACAGUGAUGGUGGAUUUGCAAAACGAACUUGUGGUUGCAUAUGUGACAAACGGUCUAAAAACAGGAAUGGGUGAACUAACAAGGACCUAUAGACUACUAAGAAACGCAGCCCUCCGUUCGGUACGAUAA